AGCUCGUGUUCCACCAUAUUGCCAGAUAACAGCACAGUCAGCGAGCCUGAUCUCAGGCACAUAUUAGAAAGUGUGACUUUGGCAAUAUAUUACAACAUAAAGCACAGAUAUGCAAAUAGAUCUCUGGCUAUUUUUGAUGAACCAAUACAUCCACUUUCAGUGUAUAUUGAACGCCUUUUAACUAAUGCUAACAUCGAUCUUUGUCCUACUAAUUGGAAACAAAUUGUCCUCAGAGCCAUGCUUCUGGCCUCUAAGGUUUGGAGAAAUCGUCGUCACUGGAGUGUGGAUGACAGCCAGAAUCCCAAGGAUGUUGCAGUUGAGACAAUGAGUAAGAUGGAGAAGUGUUUUUUGGAGCUACCUGAGUUUAAUAUUCAUGUGUCUACCAGUGUUUAUGCGAAAUAUUACUUUGACUUGCAUGCCUUGGCAUACGACCAUGACCUGUAUUUUAUAUUUAGUUUUCUUCACAAAGCUAAAGCACAGAGAUUGAAGGCUAUGUCACGGCCGUGUGAAUACAAGGACUUGCAUCAAGAUGUCGCCGCUAUGAGAAUGGCCGUCAGCAUGGAUUUCAUCGGUAUUCGGCGUACUAAUUCCAUCUUAUCUUAAAAAGAGAAGUUAGCAUUAUAAGAUCCUGGACUUGUCAACUAUAAAGACUACAAAAUAUCACUUCUCCUGCUGAAAAAGUCCAGCAAAAUUAGGAUUUUCUUUUUUUAUGUUUUUAAAUUGUACUGUUGUUGUUGUUGUUUCUGUUGUUGUUGUUGUUGAUUGGGAUUUUCAUAGAGCAGAGGCUUCUUCAAAUAACCACACUGUGAAGCUGGGUGACGGCGGCAUGAACAGUGGUGCCAGGUGCUACCUGCCCUUCUUGUUCCACUGAGUCCAGAUGGCAUUCCUAGGGCACCACCUUCUUGAACAACUCUUGGGGAGGAAGACUGUCACAUGGACACAGCACAUCCCAGUUCAGAGUCCACAGUCACCCACAGUCCCAAGCAGGUGACAGUCUGAGCUGAGCUGGAAUUCAAAAAACUUUAGAAUUGGCUCCAGAUUUGUGAGAGUACCUGGGUUUGGAUCUCUGUCCAUGGAGGCACUGAAUGCACGAUGGCCUGAAACAAGAAGUGUGGGAAGAGAGAAUGGCAUGGGGACAAGGCUGUCAUCACUCCAAGUACCAUGGGGGCUCAGGCCUGUUCAUCUAGUCUUUGGAGGGAAUCUGUGCAUGUGAAAUGAGGCUCCCACAUCAUGGUUAUAAACAGAGAGAUGAAAUCAGCUCAUCUUCCCCCAGGCCCAUAAUGGUCAUGCCAAAACACAGAGUCUUGCUGUGUUACCAGGCUGGAGCGCAGUGGCAAGAUCUC